AUGUAUAAAAUACCAGAGCAAUCCAGCGUAGAACUAAGCUCAGCUUACCCUCUUACAAUUACCAAGCCACAACAAAUAAACUCACUCCUUUGGGAAGUGUCGUUGCACACUUCCCAGUUUGCCCAGGACCUUCAAGAAGCUCGUACCCAUUCCCCCCUUACCCACUUCCCAUUCUUUGGGAGCCCUACCGAACAACUGCAAUUUGUCGAAGGACAACUUGCCAGUCUCGCAGCAGGAGGACUCAACACCCCUACCGAGGAAGAACUCUUUCAGGAGUACAUCGGACUAGCAGAGACUCUUAGAGAGUAUUAG